CCCGCCCAUCUCCGGUCUUUCUUUGCGGUUUUUCUUUUCUGUCUUUGGUGGUUGAGUAUCUUGAUAUUUGACGUAGCCAUGGUUCUCGCCUAUCCAGCCGGUGCUGUGACCUUGUCGCUCCUCGUGAUAGGAGGCUAUAUGCUCUUUCACGGGGACGGUGAACAAUUCAAUGUUGGUCAAUUCCUGGAGUCCGUCUCCCCAUACGCUUGGGCAAAUAUCGGUAUUGCAAUGUGCAUUGGCUUGUCGGUCGUUGGAGCAGCAUGGGGUAUCUUCCUAACGGGCUCUUCGAUUGUCGGCGGAGGUGUCAAGGCACCCAGAAUACGAACAAAGAACUUGAUUUCCAUUAUUUUCUGUGAAGUCGUGGCUAUUUACGGUGUCAUAAUGGCAAUUGUUUUCUCCGCGAAGCUCAACCUCGUGACCGGCGACGAGAUUUACUCCGGCAGCAGUUACUACACUGGAUUUGCGCUCUUCUGGGGAGGAAUUACUGUCGGCGCAUGCAACUUGAUUUGCGGUAUCUCCGUUGGUAUCAACGGAAGUGGUGCAGCUUUGGCUGAUGCUGCUGAUCCGAGCUUAUUCGUUAAGAUUCUUGUCAUUGAGAUUUUCAGUUCCGUCCUUGGUCUUUUCGGUCUGAUUAUCGGGCUUUUGGUUGCAGGAAAGGCGAACGAUUUCGGAGUUGUUUAAAGUCCGAAUCUUUCACGACAACUUAUCUUCAGGAAAGGACGAUGUGAGCAGUGCCUGGGGGUGCUUGUAUGACUUCUUUUUUUCUCAUCUGUUUGUUUUUAUUAUAUACAGCAUUGAGGCGUAUGGAUCCGAUCUGACUGUAGAACUUUCUGGGUAUGCGAAGUGCAUUAUUGAUGAUCCCGCUGGUUUGCCGUGAUGAUGUCUGAAGUCGAUGUACAGUAACGGACCGGGAAUGAAAUUGCAAAACAUAUUUAAUUCAGAUUGUAUCUCUUGUAUGAGUAUGACAAGCGUGUAAAUCCCCUAGGUUGGAUGGGUCGAGUAACUAGCACAUGCCGCAUACAUAAAGAAAGGAGAAGCUCGGAGCUGCGGCCAC